AUGCCAAAAAAGUCAAAUAUUAUGGUGUUAGGAGACAUGACUCUAUCUAACGGAGCUGGCACGCUAUUAAAAUUGGGUCCAAGUUCCUCAUUAGCGCAAAUCAUUUCUAAGGCAACCAUGCGCACGAUCGUAUGUGGUCUGUAUGAGCUUCGAGAGAAGCUUCGUAAUAAAGCCCAACUUGAGACGCCAAAUGAGAUGCAAGAAGUAGGGGCAUUAUCACUACCUCCUUUAACGCAGACAUAG